CGCUGUGUGUGAGGGCUGCCCCGUGUGCCCCUCGGCGGUGGCUGGCUGCCCCGAGGCCCGUUCCGCUCCCCGCGGUGGCACACUCCCGGCAGCCACCCCGAGGAGGGGCUGAUGCAGCGGGCACAGCCCCAGACCCAGAAAUAGCCUGAGGCGCGCAGACCCGCACCCAGCCUCUCCGCCGGCAGCUCCGCGCCGCCUCCCGGUACAGAGAGCAGGGGCCGCCGGGACCUCUCCUCCCCGCAGGGAUGCCGCGGGCGCAUGAAACUCAUCCAAAUGCUUUGGCUCCUCAUUCCUGCCUGCUGACCACACCAGCAUGGCCAUGACUCAACCAGCUUCCAGGACCGAGGGGCAGAGGUGUUGAAAGACCUGUCUCAGGGUGAGGCCAACGACACCACUGAUGGAGAGCGUGUACUCAGUGGAGCCCGCAGCUGAGGGUGCCAGCCCCACCUCGCUGGAUGUGCUCAACUUCCUGGAUACGCUGGUGAACAGCACAGAGGAGCAAUGCUUCAGCGCCCGCUCCCGCAGCACCGUCCUGGAAGGGCUGCCGUUCGGUGGUGUGCCCACCGUGCUCGCCAUCAACUUCAUCCUCUGGCUGCUUCUCCUCCUGAUCUUCUCCUGCCUUCGGAAAGCAGCUUGGGACUAUGGGCGCCUGGCUCUGCUGAUGGACAAUGAUAGUCUGACAUCACUUUUCUAUGGAGAGCAGAGUGAGAAGGAGAAGUCCCCAUCAGAGAGCAGCCCCCUGGACACCGACAACAAAGACAUGGGAUUCUGCUCCUGGCUCCUUUCUAUCUACCAGAUGAAGGACGAGGAGAUUCAGAGCAAGUGUGGGAUCGAUGCCACCACCUACCUGUCCUUCCAGCGGCACCUCCUGGUCCUGCUGAUGCUGGUCUGCAUGCUCUCCGUGGCUGUCAUCCUGCCCGUCAACUUCUCAGGGGACCUCCUGGGACACAAUCCCACCCACUUCGGCCGGACAACCAUCGCCAACAUCCCGACGCAGGACCGUCUCCUGUGGCUGCACAGCAUCUUUGCCCUCAUCUAUUUCAUCCUCACAAUCCUCUGCAUGGCCCACCACUCUGUGCAUCUUGAAUACAGAGAGAAUGAGAAGGUCGCCCGGACGCUGAUGGUUACCCACAUCCCCAAGGAGAUCACAGACCCUUCCCUUAUCAUCAAGCAUUUCCAUGAGGCUUAUCCCAGCUGCACCGUCACCAAUGUCCAGUUCUGCUUUGAUGUGCGCAAGCUGAUGAAGCUGGAUGCAGAGAGGCGCAAGGCAAUGAAGGGACGGCUUUACUUCACCACCAAGGCACAGAAAGAGGGGAAGAUCAUGAUCAAAACCCACCCGUGUGCCCGCAUCUUCUGCUGCCGCUUCUGUGGCUUUGAGCAGGUGGAUGCUGAGCAGUACUAUGGGGAGCUGGAGGAGAAGCUCACAGAUGAGUUCAAUGCUGAGCGCAACCGCAUCACACUCAAGCGGCUUGACAUGGCCUUUGUCACCUUCCAGGAUGAGCGGAUGACGGCUGUGAUUUUGAAGGACUACAGCCACAUUCGCUGCCGCAAGCACCCCCAGCAGUCCUCUGUCACCACCGUGGUCAAGUCACAUCACUGGGGCAUUUGCUAUGCCCCUGCACCCAGCGAUAUCAUCUGGGAGAAUUUAUCAGUCCGUGGCACAUCCUGGUGGGUGCGAUUCAUCCUCCUUAAUAUCUGCCUCUUCGUCCUUCUCUUCUUCCUCACCACGCCAGCCAUCAUUGUCAACACUAUGGACAUGUUCAAUGUCACACACCCCGUGGAAAGCCUCAAGAACCCCAUCAUCACCCAGUUCUUCCCCACACUGCUGCUCUGGGCCUUCUCUGUCUUCUUGCCUUUCCUCGUCUACUACUCGGCAUUCUUCGAGUCACACUGGACAAGGUCAAGUGAAAAUCAGCUCACCAUGCACAAGUGCUUCUUCUUCCUGGUGUUCAUGGUCAUCAUCCUGCCCUCACUGGGGCUGAGCAGCCUGGACCUUUUUUUCCGCUGGCUCUUCGACACCCACUUUCUGGACCAGGCUGAUAUCAAGUUCCAGUGCGUUUUCCUCCCAGACAACGGCGCUUUCUUUGUCAACUACGUGGUCACCUCCAGCCUGAUCGGGACAGCCAUGGAGCUGCUGCGCAUCCCAGGCCUCCUUGUCUACACCACCCGCCUCUGCUUUGCCAAGUCUGAGCCCGAGCGGCUCCACAUCAAGCGGAGCCAAGCCUAUCAGUUCCAGUUUGGACUGGAGUAUGCCUGGACCUGCUGCAUCUUCUCCGUCGUCAUGACCUACAGCAUCACCUGCCCCAUCAUUGUCCCCUUUGGGUUGCUCUACAUGCUGCUCAAGCACAUGGUUGAUCGGUACAACAUCUACUAUGUGUACAUCCCCACCAAGCUGAACCAGCGCCUCCAUGUUGCUGCCAUCAGCCAGGUCGUGGUGGCCCCCAUCCUCUGCAUGUUCUGGCUGCUCUUCUUCUCCGUCCUGCGCCUUGGUCCUACCCGCCCUGUCACCCUCUUCACCUUUGUGGUCCUCCUCUCCUGCAUUGUCUUCUCCUUCUUUGGCCUCUGCCUGAAGAAACUGCAGCCACGGAAACCCUCCAGCUACCAGAUGUCUGACCAGUCUGAGGGCACCUUCAAUGAUGUGGAGCGGAGCAGCGUUUCCUCCACCCCCAACUCCAAUCUCUUUGUGGCCACGGUCCUGCAGGAGCCUGAGCUGAGCCUGACGCCAGCGGCCUCCCCAGCACACCAGUCCUACGGCACCAUGGGGAACCACCUGGAGCCAGCAGAGGACGGGGAAGACGAGGCACUGCAGAGCUUCGAGACAGAGCUGGAGACAGUGGAGGGAGAGUACAGGAGUGGCCCCGUGAUGGAGAGCCAGGCCCGCUACCAGUGAGCAUCCCCACUGUUGGGGCGAGGACCAGCCGUACCCAGAGCAAAGGAGAAGAGUGGAAGACGUGCCGGGGACAGGAAGGCAGGGGCCUUCCCAUCACUGGUGGGGGCCACCUCAGUGAUGGGGUGAGGGGAUGACAGGGCUGAUGUGAGGGGGAGACCCCAUUGUAUGGGAGGUGGUGGGAGGCUCUGACAGUCCCUCCAGCUGCCUGGACUGGCUCAGUCCCUCCCCUUGCUCCCCUAUCCCCACCUGCCUCUUCCAGCCCAUCGUGGAGAAGAUGGGGUGCAGUGGUAUAGGGAGAGGUUGUUUCUGAGAGGCCAUGCUUUUGGGGCAGGAAGGAGGCCCUGGCCCCUCCAUGAGAAGGAAGCAGCCCAGACAGCUGAGAUGAAUGUGCCUGCUGCCACUCUAUCCGCAGGUCCCCAGUGGCAAGGGACAGCCACCCCUAACCCUUGCUUCACACUCUGCCUACCCAUUGCUCAUGGUGGCCACCCGGCUGCCUCCCGUGGUGCCGGCUGUGCAGGCGUCUGGCCACCCCUGCUGCUGCCCCCAUGGCUUUGUCCAUUAAAGCAGGGACUUCCGAGACCCGUGUGCUUUGGUGUAGGAGGUGAGUGCCCUGGGCUGCUCCCGCACUGGCUCUGCCCCAAGGCAGGCAUCAAAACACAAGUUGAGCUCUUCCCUGGCCCACCCUCAGCCUGCUGCACCAUGCCUGUGCUCUUGGGUCUUUGGGGAGGAAUGGGAGGUCAAGGGACAAGUGUGCUUAACGGCUGUGAGGGCAGCUCCUCAUCAUCUCACUCACCCUGGCAGCAUCCCUAUUGUGCUCAUGCUCUCCCCGGGGAUGGCCACAGGAUCCAGUGUGGCUCUGUCCUGUUGCAACAGAAAUGGUGGGGAGGAAGGGGGCUGGAAGGAUCCUGGCCUCUGGGUUCUGGUCCACUGCAUCCUUGCCUUUGCCCACAAGCCACAGCCAUGGGAUUUCCCCAGCAGCCACACCACCUCUGGAGUGAGUCCUGCAGUGAUCGCUGUAAAUGUGCCAGCUUCUGCCCAGGCAUCCUAGAGGGCUCCAGCUCAUCCACAGCAGCUGGGGAGACCCCUGGGGACGAGGGCAGAUCCCUGCCCUGCUUGGCCCCUCUCCCACCAGGCUAGCCCACCAGGGUGUUCUGGCUCCUCGCUUGGCCCCGCUUUGGCCCUGGGGCUGAUUUUCCUACUCCUGAUUUUCCUCCUGGCUUCAGAACAAUUCCAGCCGCUAUCCCAGGACCAUGCAGGGCAGGAAAGGAUGAUGACACAGGUGUGCCAGCACCGCGCUGCUGGUAUGGUGAGUGCCGCUGCACAAUGGCAGAGGCUCAGCUAUGGCACUGCUUAGCAUUACUGGUGCCGCUGAGAGUAGGGGGCAUGGUGUGUCAGCCCAGGGGGAGUUAAAGGCAGGUCACCAGCAAGCUGUGGGUCACAGUUGGACUCAACUGGGCCCUGAGGCAUUCCUGUGGGGCUGAUGGGUCUCGGCUCAGCCAGCUGGCAGACCCAUGGGCCCCAUCUCUCACUCCUGCAUGCCAGGGCAGUGGCUAUGACGUGGUAGUCACCAAGGGGUUGUCUCAGGGGACCCUUGAGCUCAGCCCCUCCCUCCCAGCCCCAGAGAACACCCUGUGGUCUCAUGGCUCCCUGCCCAGGUGCUCCUGCGGGGGCUGCCUGCAACUGAGCUGCUGCCCUCACUGCCUGCUCUGGGAGACGCAGGGUGCCGGUGAUUUCUCUCUGGGUGAGAGCAAGUGCCUGUGAGUGGCACUGCACCCCUGGGAGCUCGGGCUGCUGGUCUGACUGCCCUUGGCUGCCCCGCUGUAGGAAUGUGCCAGAGGUCUGUACCUUCUUGUGAUUUAUUGCUAUGACUGUGCCUUGAAUAAAAUGACUUCACCCAG